AUGCCUGAGCAUUCGCAAGCCUCCCCGCCCAGAUCUUCCUUCCGCGGGGGAGGUCGUAGAAACAGUCCAGAGACACCGGAACAGAAACUGCUGCAAGGUUUGCAGAUUUUGUUGAAAGAUACUUUGCAGGCCUCUAGCUCCGGAGCCUCAAACAAAAAAGGCAAGGGUAAGGGCUCCGGCAAAAGUAGUGGUAAAAGCCUACCUUCCAAACAGAGAGAUGCGAACCAUCUUGAAGUGCCUGACUUUGCAACCACGCUUGCCUUACCGAAAAGUAGUCCACCUCCAUUACCCUCCAAGGAUGAUCGCGGUAACGAAGCUAUGGAUGUCAGUCUGAUUAGCGUCCCAGAUGCAAGUGAUGUUGAGGAUGAGCCCAUGCAUGUCCAGGGCACCAAACGCAAAGACCAGGCCAUGUUGACCAGCCCGCAAAAAACUGGUCAUGACAAAAAGAGGAUGAAAGUGCCCGAGAGGCUUCAAAAAGUUCCGAACCCUGGGGAAGGGAAUUGCUUGUUUUACUGUCUAGCUCAGGCGGAGUCUACCCCAGGUAAGUCCCGCAGCCACAGGCAGGUGCGUGCAUUUGUUGUUGCCUACAUGACCAAACACUUCAAGAAAUACGAGGAUUUCUGGGACGGUUUAAGCCCGAGCAACAUUCCCAUGGAGGGUGGGUUUGACGAUUAUUUACAAGCCCUUGAAAAAGAUAAAGCUUGGGCGGGAUAUUGUGAAAUCGAAGCAUAUGGCGAAGCCAUGCGCCGACCUGUACUUGUUGUGCAUGCCAAGGACAAUGUUGUCCAUGCUUUUAAUAGUCAUGGCGAUAAGGAUGUUGUCUGUCUCUGGUACAAGGAUGAACAUUAUGAGCUUAUUGUUCCUUCAGACGCAGAUAUUCAGGCCCUGUGGCAGAAUGCUGAAGACGGUGGCACCAAGGGUUACCGCGGGGCCGCAAAGAAGGCACGCUUGGCUGCCGACAAUGCCCCAAAAGGGGCCACCAGAGGCGACUCCAUUCUUCGCCUUUGCAAGAGAGCAAGCGUGUCAUCUGAUGUACCUCACAGAAGCAUUUUGCCUUGGAAGCUGAAGCAUCGCCAGAUGUAUGUGCAACUCAACAAGUUUGCCAAGGAGCAAGGUCCUUGUGGCGGGCGGACUGCUCGUGCCGAGUGGUUAGCCAUGCCUGGUCGCCAAAAAUGCUGGCGUCAGGCUCCCAAAGAGCGCCAAGAGGCGCUGCACAAGGCUUGGCGUUUGAGUGCUACUGAGCGUAGGAAGCUUGAUGAUGCUUGGGCUAGCGCCAAGAAAAAGUCGCGCAAGAAGUGGCAGAUACCUGCACUUUGGGUAGGUGAUUGGAACGAAACUCCUGAUGACAACGCCGCAUCCAUUUUCUUGAAUGGCAGUGUUCUGGCUGUCACGGAUCCUGAUCAAUGGGAUCCCGACCAAGAUUGGGAAUAUUUUCACCAGUUUGCUGAAAAGAGCAUGCGUGAAGCAUUGCACUUGUGUGGCCAGCCCGUGCCUAGGCCGCUCUCAGAGCCUCGGGGUCUGCAGCCGGAUGUGACGGUUGGUCCGGCAGCGAAGUUUGCCAUUUCCCGCUUGUUGCUUGGGAUCACUACCGUGAUUUGGUUUUGCAUUGGUUUGGCCAUUGAAAACAUGCAACUGCAAGGGUUGCCAGAUGAGUGGGCUAACAUUUUGAUGUUUGUAUGGGGUCAUCAAGUGCGAUGGCUGUGCUUGGGGAAAGCUGUGCACCCAACGCCGGAGCAUGUCCAGACCUCCAUGCCGCAAGGUGAUGCCUUUGUUGCAUACGUUGAUGAUCGCGCUUUGAGCGAUGCCACGACCUGGAGGCUGGCAGAGUUUCAUUUGCGCACGCAUGCGAGAGCUGAACUGGGAAUUUCGCGGUCCAUGGAUGUUUGCACAUGA